AUGGCCCCCAAGCAGAAAGCUGGGCAAAAGCCGAAGCCCAACACGGCGGAGGAAGUUGAAGAGACGUUCCAAGCUGUGGUGCUCGCAGAUACCUUCGAGACGAGAUUCGAGCCCUUCACCCGUGAUAAGCCUCGUUGCCUUCUGCCACUCGCGAAUACCCCGAUUAUCGAAUAUACACUCGAAUUCCUGGCCAAUGCAGGUGUGGAGGAGGUCUUCCUCUACGCAGGAGCGCACUCGGAUCAGCUGGAGAAAUACAUCAAUGCAUCAAAAUGGAGAGCUCCAUCUUCUCCGUUCAAGCAAUUGACCUUCCUGAAGUCGACCUCUACAUCCGUCGGUGACGUUAUGCGCGACCUCGACGCCAAGCACGUCAUUACUGGCGACUUCAUUGUCGUGAGCGGCGACGUGAUCAGCAACCUGCCCAUCGAGGGCGCAUUGGCUCAGCACCGGGCCCGCCGAGCACUUGACAAGAAUGCGAUCAUGACCAUGGUUCUAAGGGAGGCUGGCCUGCAGCACAGGACCAAGUCCACAUCGGUUUCGCCGGUUUUCGUCAUUGACCCUACCCAGGAUCGCUGUCUCCACUACGAGGAAAUCGAUCGCCAUCCACACGAAGAGCAAUCGUCUCGUCUGAAUAUUGACGCCGAAAUUAUCCUUAAACACCCCGAGCUGGAUAUCCGCCAAGACUUGAUCGACUGCAGCAUCGAUAUCUGCACUCCGGACGUACUGAGCUUAUGGUCGGAUAGUUUCGAUUACCAAUCGCCGCGGAAACACUACUUGUACGGUGUCUUGAAGGACUACGAGCUGAACGGCAAGACUCUGCACACAUACAUCAUCAAGGACCAGUACGCUGCGCGCGUGCGCAACCUGAAGGCGUACGAUGCGGUUAGCAAGGAUAUCCUGUCGCGCUGGACAUAUCCCUUGUGCCCGGAUACGAACUUGCUUCCUGGUCACUCGUACACCCUUCGUAAGGGCAGCAUGUACCAAGAAACAGGGGUAACUCUGGCACGCUCUUGCGUCAUUGGGCGCCGCACAGUCAUCGGACAAGGCACUAGCAUCGGAGACCGGUCAGAAGUCCACAACUCCGUGCUCGGUCGAAACUGUAAAAUUGGCCGAAAUGUCAACCUGAAUGGUUCCUAUAUUUGGGACAAUGUUGUGAUCGGCGAUAACUCAGACAUCCGUGGGGCGAUUAUUGCUGAUGGCGUGGUUAUCGGCAGGAGUUGUGCUGUUGAAGCGGGAUCGCUUCUCUCCUAUGGCGUGAAAAUCGCAAAUAAUAUCUGGGUGGAGAAAGGGAAGCGCAUCACGAAAACUCGAAACGACGGCGGUGUGGCCAAGAACGAUCCCAACGUCGUUGGCGACGAUGGCGAGGGCUACGAAUUCAUUCACGGCGAGGAAGAGGAAGAUGAAGACGACGACGUGAGCGUAGCCUCAUCGGGACUUCUGUACCGCAUGCCCAAUCUCUCACUUUCUACCGCCUCCAUUUCAACACUCUCGUCCGAGAUCUCAGAUGCCUCUUGGACACGAUCUGAGGGAGGAAGUUUCUCUGCAGACGAGGAAGACAACUUCCACCACGACGCAUCAGUCAGCUUGUUCGACAGUCUACGUGAGGGCGUGGCAGCAGAUGUGGUACAGCUUGAGCUGGUCACGCUGCGUAUGAGCGCCAACGCCUCGGACAACCAGGUCCGUCGCGCCAUCGUGUCAUCGUUCAUGAAGCACAUCCAGCAGCUCAUGGAGGGCGGCAAGGGUGCCGGUCCAGCAGUCAGCGAGGUUUUCACGGCAUACAAAGAGGUCGUUGAGCGGACUCUAUUCGAUCGCAACAAGGAAGAGAAGAAAGACCAGGUUGAUCUACUGCUCUGCCUACAGAACGAUCUUAUUCAUCGCAACAAGGGUGAUAUGGUCCUUCUCUUUACUGCCAAGUCUCUAUAUGAACUUGACCUUAUUGAGGAGGAGGCUUACGACCAGUGGUGGCAUGAUGAGCGCUCUAGUAACUCCGAGGAAAUGCGGACUGUCCGCAGCCAAACCCAGCAAUUUGUUGAUUGGCUUGCCGAGGCAGAGGAGGAGAGUAGUGAGGAAGAAUCCGAAGAAGAAUCCGAGGAAAGUGAUGAUGAGUAG